GUCGUCGUCUGGCUCGCUGGCUUUUGGCUCUUGGUUCUUGUUCAAGGAUAUUCUGUCAAGGCUGCCAAGAAUCCAGUAAAAUAUCUGAAACUAUUCAACGGAAUUUGUCACAAAAAUGCGCUUCCUUGCUCUUUCAACACUGCUCCUGGCCACUUUGGCCCUCAGCCAGGCCCAACAAUCCGGUGGACUGGCGGUCGAUGCCUACUGGCGCACCACCAACAUCGAGGCCUGGCCACCAGGGGCACCCAUCGCACCCACCGCACCCAUCGAGAAGUCCGGAAAACUGAUUGUGGGAUCUGCUCCUGCCCAGGAACUCACACCCUAUGGAGCCUAUCAGCCGGUACUCCUGAGGGCACCCUACUAUGCCGCCUAUCAACUUCCGUUGGCAUAUGUCUUGCAACCCAAACCCACCACUGAUCAACCCACCACAGCUGAGAUCACAACCACCACGGGCAGACCCGAAAACUUAGCCGAGGACAGCUCCAGCGAGAUCGAAAAACCAGAAAAGCUCCAGGCUCUUCCCACAGAGAAGACACGAACCCGAACCCAAGCUGGUGAUCUGAAGAGCGAUCUGGGUCUUCGCUCGGCGGUUAGCAAGAUAAACCCCGACUAUGUGAUCGAGGAGAUCGUUUCGGUGCCCGGCAAGCUGGUGAUCUCCACCUCGGGGUCACCACGCUCCUCCAAGCAGCAGCUGCUGAAGAAGAUUGCCCCGCAGAAGCUGAGAAAACAGGUUGCCCCCAAAGUGGAGGCCACCGGAAAGACCAGCACCAGCAACAGCAACUUCCCCCAGAUCCCCUUCGGCAACUACUUCCUGCCCUACAGGCCGGAGCAGGCUCAGGCGAUCCAGGGACGCAAGCAGGCGGCCCUCAUCCUGGAACCCCAUUCCAAGGCGGUGGUGGGAAAUGGUGGCACUGCCAUAUCCACGCCCAUUUCCAAGGCGUAUCUGAAGAGGGGUGUGCCCACCAAUGUCUACUUCAAUCCGGAAUCGGUGGCCAUUGCGGGUGUGGGCGGCAAGGCACAUGCCACUGCGGAUCUGGAACUGGAUCUGUUCACGUAGAGAAGCUGCAAGGAGGACAACUAAGAUAGUUAUAUACUCAUUGUCAUCAACCGAUUUUCAGUUGGGAUCUGUAAAUUUGAUCAGCUACGAAAUCUCUAGGUUCCAAUUUCUCAAUAUCAUGGUACAUUUUAUCUGACUGAAAACUCUUAACCAGGUGAAAUGUUUUUGUUAAAUUUGUCCAUUUAAGACAAGUCGUCUGUAAAUUAACAGUACAUUGAGAAACCGAAUUUAUGUUUCCAAACAAUUUAGCUUCAUCUUAAUUUUCUUUGACGGAUAACAAACUUAAACCUUAACAUGACAUUGAGAAAUCGGACCAACGAAGUUAAACAAAAAAAAAAAUUCAACUAAAUAAUCGGUUGCU